AGGUAACUGAAGGUUUUUGUUUAUUGUGAACAUUGCCAGAGAGUAAUCUUCUUUAUGUGUUAUCUAUAACGUGUAUGAUCUGGACCUGUUUAAUUAUUUUUAAUCCUUCCUCAAAAUGUUGGAAGUGACAUGCAAUGACAGACUUGGUAAGAAAGUUCGGGUGAAAUGUAAUCCAGAUGAUACAAUUGGUGAUUUGAAAAAGUUGAUUGCUGCUCAAACUGGUACACGGUGGGACAAAAUUGUUUUAAAAAAAUGGUAUACCGUUUUCAAAGAUCAUAUUACAUUAGAAGAUUAUGAAAUUCACGAUGGAAUGAAUUUGGAACUAUACUAUCAGUAAUACUACUCUUCAGCCAAAGGAUAUAUUUUUUUAACUUAAUAAAUGUCUUCAUUAUAGUUCUGAAACUCUGUUUCCAUUUAUAAAUCAGUUAUAAGAAAUAAUUACACUCUUGGUAAAGUCUCUGUUUAAGUAAUGCUUGAAAUUUGAUUUUAACAAAAAAAGAAAAAAAAAAAAAAGAGGUAUGUAAAUAUAUUUAUGUUUAAUUUUACAUUGGAAAAUAUAAAUAUAAAACACAAUCUUGUAGUUUUUGCCUUUGUGCUUACAUAAUACUAGUUUAAAAUAGCCUUAUUUCAUCAUUGAUGAACACAAAAGUUGAAUUAUCUAUGCAAUAAUGUCAUAAAUAAAGGCCAUGCCAUUAUAGUACAAAUAUUCAACAAUUUUGUUACUGUAUUGUGUAUUUCAAUUAUCUUUGUUGUAUUUGAAUUACUUAUGUUUAUUCACAAGGGAAGUCACAGUUAGUGGGUUGCCGAUGUCAAUCAAAUUUUUCUUUGCGAUACAUCAAAAAAUAUUAGAUGUAUGUCUCAGUGUUUGUUCUAAUGAGCCAAUGAAAAAAAAAUGUUUAUAUAUAUAU